GUCUAUCUCGUAUGUAUUUACGAGUGGGUCCAGACUGGAUUGGUGGCUGUGAAGGUUUUUCGUUCCGUGCAUGAGGCAAUACUAUCGGGGAACACUCUGGACUCCUUUUACAACAUAUGGUAUCAAUGGACCAUCAUCAAUAUCAUGUGUGCUGUCCAGUCAGCCGCGGUGCAAACCUACUUUGCUCGCCGCAUCUACAUCCUUUCGCGGUCGCGCAUAAUCACAGGAUCUGUCAUUGCAGUAACGUUAGGACAGAUAUGCAUAGGAAUCCUCUCCGCCCUCAGUAACAUUCAAAGCGUGAGCUCAGCAGGUGCAACUAUUGCUUGGCUUGUUGUAAGCGCUGUAGCCGACGUGACAAUUGCCAUAACGCUCGUCAUUUUGUUCCACAAAAUGAAGAAUGGGCUGAAGCAGACUGAUAUUCUCAUGAAGCGUCUAGCUCGUAUGGUCAUUGAAACAGGCACAUUGACGGGUACAGUAUUUCUGAGCUGUGUAACUCUUCGUGAGAAGCUAAACUUGCCACCAGCCACCACAGCCAUUGCCGCUCUCGUUCUUUUGUUCACAGCGGUGGAGUGGACAAUAUGCCCAAUGCUCUUUCUCUCCAAACUAUACACCAAUUCGGCAUUGUUCACCCUGAACAACCGAGCCAUCAUCAAGUCUACGCAAGGUGAAGACGGAAGAACCGCCAUCAUGCUCAGCCCGACCGUCCCCCACUUGCACAAUCACAAUCAUCCACUGGAAAUUAUGUCAGAUGAACAGCGCAGCCCGAUUGUCAUCUCUAUCGUUCGGGAAGAAGACGUCUAUACCAGCGCGGUCAAGCAUGAGGAAAGUGUAUGAUCCGCCGCGCAGUAGGAAGGCCGACUUCCGUGGAGGACGUGACAGAACGCUAUCGACUCACACUGGCAGUUUACAAAGUACUGUAGUCUCCCGUGAACAAAUUCAACAAUUCCUUUGAACCUCCACGGGCUCCGGCUAUCCUUGUCUGACGAGUACUGCCGCGUGCUUCUCGUACUAUUUGUUCAAUGUCUGCUUGCAAGUGUGCAUUGAUGUGCCAGGUCCGGACAUGUCGAUAAGCUGUGGUUUUAGUGUAAAAGUGCGCCGUUUCUUCCAGGAUGAUUGAACACAAAUUUCUCGACAAAAAACGAGUUGUUUGUGCGA